AUGGAAAUGACCACCCCGGCGCCAGCCGGCGACCUCACCAGAGACCCGGCGCGGAAGUCUGUCCAGAUCGCACGAUUCGUCGGCGGAAUGCAGGACAGCUUGGCGUCUCUCGACCGAUGCCCCAAACCGGUUAUCUGCGCGGUACACUCGGCUUGCAUCGGAGGAGGUGUCGACCUUGUGUGCGCGGCUGACAUUCGCUUGGCUUCGUCAGACGCCUGGUUUUCCAUCAAAGAGGUUGAUAUUGGACUCUGCGCCGACCUCGGCACCCUGCAAAGAUUGCCGAAGCUAAUCGGAAGCGAGUCCUUGGCGAGGGAGCUGGUCUUUACGGCGAGAAAGUUUCCGGCCACAGAAGCUUUACAGGCGGGGUUUCUCAGCGCGGUCCAUGACGACAAGCAAGCGCUAAUGGGGCACGCUGUAGAGCUAGGCUCCCAGAUUGCUGCCCACAGUCCCGUGGCCAUGCAGGGCAGCAAGAUCAACCUCAACUACGCCCGAGACCACACCGUUGCUCAGGCGCUGCAGCACCAGGCGCUCUGGAGCUCUGUGAUGCUUCAGACCGGCGAUAUCCCUGCAGCUAUCGCGUCAGCUCGGAAGCGCAAGUCCCCGCCUCCUUUCCCGCCGCUGUAA